GCGCAGAGUGCGCCCGCCUCGCCUCGCAGCAGACCGGGCUAUGACGGUGUCGGUACCAAGCACACUCAGCAUGAGCAGCAGAUAGUCAGGGCUACCGAGUGAAGACUGGACGGGUGUUCGGGACGAAGUACAGAAAAAGAGGGGGCUCGGCUGUGUUGCUGUUGGAAGAAAAGUUGUAUCUGUUCGGUAAAGACCACCGGACCGGAUACACGCUGAAUACAUUUACUGCCGCAGGAAAUAUUGCCGCUAAAUAACAUCUUGACUGAGAUUAAAGUGUUGGGAAGGAGGUCCAGAGAGAAGUGAGGUCCUGGGAUGAGAACUCUCUGCCUUCCCACUGUCACCUCUAGACUUCCAGGAGAAGUACGGUGGGCGGCACACUGAGAGUGUGUGGUGCAUCUGGCCCUGUCAGGCUACCAUGGCUUUGGUUCAGGCACUACCUGUGAGUGACCACCCCAACCCAGGUCUUGACGUCCAGCAGUGCAGGCCGCUAUCAUCCCACUCCCCAUCAGGUGCCUGCUCUGGCCCCUGUGGGCCCUGCAGCUCUGAAACAGCCAUGGGUUCAGUUAGCAGUCUUAUAUCAGGCCGGACAUACCAGGAGAGGCACUGCAGAGCAGCCAGUGAAUUCAGCACCAAGCCACGGCGCGCCACACCAGCUACCAGCUGCUUCCGGCUCCAGGAUAAUACCCUUCGCAGUGGGAGCUCCCUGGAACAACUGCUGGUUAUCAGCAACCAAACACAGCCUCAGGCUCAAGUUCUUCCUCCACCACUGCCCACAAAAAAGCAACCACGACCUGGAAACUCUGCUGGGUCUGGUGGGGGUGGAACGGUUACUGGAGCAGUAGGUGGUGGUACUAAUGGGAACUAUGGGUAUGUGAGUGAUGAGGUGGUGGUUGGAGACUGGAACGACAACCUGGUGCUUACAGCUGCAAGUCCCUGCAGUGACUCAGAGGACCAAAGGGACAACAGGACUUUGAACAGCAACAUUGGUGGACCUCCCCCUAAACUUGUCCCAGUAUCUGGACAGCUAGAAAAGAACAUGGAGAAAGUCUUGAUCCGUCCUACAGCGUUCAAACCUGUUGUUCCCAAGAACCGACACUCGGUGCAGUACCUGUCACCAAGGCCAGGAGGCAACAGUUUGUCUGAGAGCCAGGCUAGUCUCAACCUUCUGUUACCCAUCGGAGGAGCCGUUAAUGCCAACAGUACAAACAGUAAUGGCGGAGGCUGCAAUUUGAGCACUGAGGGGAAGCGCAACUCUUACAAUGGAGGUCGCAAUGCUCGCACCAGCCAGUCCUGCUCUAUGUCAGAUUCAGGGAGAAACUCCCUCUCCAGCCUCCCAACUCACAGCAGCACAGGCUACAGUUUGGCCCCCAGUGAGGGAUCCAGCUCGGGGUCCGGCUCUGGAGGCCAGGUGGAGCCCGUGACAGGGCUGGGCCGCAACACUGCAGUUGGAAAUGGGAGCCAUGGUCACACUAACUCAGAUAGUGGACGCUCAUCAUCCAGCAAGAGCACAGGGUCGGGAUCUUUAAGUGGGCGUGGGCAGCCCCUGUCUGACAGUGGGUCCUGUGGCCACUCACCGCCACCUGUGGAGGGAUACGAGACGGUGGUGAGGGAGCUGGAAGAGAAGCUAAGGGAACGAGACCUGGAGCUCCAGCAGCUCCGGGAAAAUCUGGAUGAGAAUGAAGCUGCCAUCUGCCAGGUGUACGAGGAGAAGCAACGUCGCUGUGAAAGAGAGAUGGAGGAGCUUAGACAGAACUGUGCUUCUAAGAUGAAGCAGGCCUCUCAGAAGUCUCAGAGAGCACAGCAGGUGCUACAGUUGCAGGUAUUCCAACUUCAACAAGAGAAGAAGAAGCUGCAGGAGGACUUCUCUUCUUUGCUGCAGGACAGAGAAACACUGGAAAGGAGGUGCGCCACCAUCCAGAGGGAGCAGACUCAGCUGGGACCACGUCUAGAGGAGACAAAGUGGGAGGUGUGUCAGAAAUCAGGAGAGAUCUCCCUCUUAAAGCAGCAGCUGAAAGAGAUCCAGUCUGAGCUCAGCCAGAAAGCAGGAGACAUUGUUGUCUUGAAGGCCCAGCUGAGAGAAGCUCGGUCUGAGCUGCAAGCUAGCCAGGCUCGAAGCCAGGAGGCCCAGACCGCCCUCCGGACAAGGUCACUGGAACUGGAAGUUUGUGAGAAUGAACUCCAGAGGCGCAAAAGUGAAGCUGAGCUUCUGCGGGAGAAAGUGAGCCGUUUAGAGGAGGAGUCAGCCCGGCUCCGUGACACUCUGUCCAAUCACAGUGGACCCCCUCUACCUGGAAAUGCUAGCAUGAAGGGGCACUGCAUGAGCCUCUCGCUCCCACAGGGCAGAGGUAUGGCAGGAAGAGGAGGUCCCAGCCCCUGCAUGUACCGUGAUGGAGAGGACACUCAUCUAGUGUGGGGAGGAGAGAGCGAUGAAGCUAAGGCACAGAGACAGAAUGCAGAAACACUGCUGGGACUCAGACAACAGGUGGAUAGACUGAAAGCUGAGCUCAUGUAUGAGAGGAGGACAAGUGAAGAGCAGCUGUCACGGUUUGAGGAUGAGCGGCGGGUGUGGCACGAGGAGAAAGAAAAGGUAAUCCGCUACCAAAAGCAGCUGCAGCAGAACUACAUCCAGAUGUACCGUCGCAACCGUGACCUGGAGCGGGUGAUGAGGGAGCUGAGUCUGGAGCUGGAGAACAGAGACAUAGAGGACUAUGAGGUCCGUAGUGGCAGCAACGAUAUCCACUUUGAGGAAAUCACUGCCACUGAGAUCUGAACAAACGCGCUCAAAGUAAAUGUGCACAGAGUCAUGGAAACACAACUCACUAAAGUCCCUGAAGAUGCAAAUCAAACGUUGAACUCUGGGCCAAAUACUGCACUAUCUUUAACUUGGAAGAAGCUCUCACCGAACGUCACUGUCAAAAGGGACAUCUCCCAAAGGUGCAUUUUUAACUGUCUGCUAACUCUAGUAAAUCUUUACAAGUUGUCUCCUACAGCACUUUUAACAAGUUUUAUACCACUACAAAGCCAGCACAAAGACUGCUUCGGUUCUGUAAAACCAAAUGCAGUGAAAAAAUGUUCCUUUAUCAGACCACAUUCAAAUCAGGGUAUUAAAAAUUGAUGGGAACUUAAAGCAAAACAAAAAAAAGAACAUUACAUGCAGUGCAAUCUGGUCACAAGCUUCUUAGUUGCAUACAACAUUUAACAAUGUUAAAUUCCUACCAGCAAUGCAUGAAAUCAUGAAUCAAAACAACCAUCCAGUUAACAAUGAUUAAAACUACUCAUUGGCCCCCAUCUCCCAGCUCCAAAAUCUGCUCAUUUUGCUUUAUGUAGUUCACAAUAUUGACUUUUUCUUUUCUAAAUGAUAAAGUAUAAGAUCUUGUUGGUUACGAGGCAUUUUUCAGCAGUUUGUUUUUGAAAAUGAAUGUCCCAUCACUUCAGAGAAAUCACUGGCAAUGAAAGAAUCUGGUAACCGUGAGAAACAUGUGUUGUGUUGUACAAAUUUCUUGCCCUUUUUUGUCCUGGAUAUGACUGUUUUCUUGAGAAGCAAAUCAUCAAACUUAAACAAACCAGUUUCUAUAUUGCGCCUCUUGAUUUGCUUACAUGUGGACUUCCUAUUCUGUCAUUUCCCAAACCACUUGGACACAGAAACCAAACCCUCAAAGGAAACACUUCAUUUGAACUCUGCUCAUGUUCUAGACCUCCAACAGUCCCGGCUAUGGCACUUAAUGAAUGUGUCAGCUUGUUCCUGCAAUGCAGCAAGCUCUUAUUUAGCUCAACCAUGCAGUGUAGCAAGGCAGACAUCUCCAGGAUGCUGCUGAAGUCUUUGUCUUCUUUUAUAAAUCCUCAAAGGUUAGGAGGAAACUAAAAAUAAAGCAUAUUUACAGUACAACGGUCUGGGUGUUACGUCACAGAGAUUUAAGGCAUGCUUUUUCAGAGUUUACGUUUGUUCCCUGUCACUCCCGUUAGUGCCCUUUAUGUAGCUACUGGCAACCCAAAGCCAAAUAACACUUUGAAAGUCUUCCCAGUCCUUGCUAGACUAUGUUAUAAUCUUCAGUGACUGUGAUACAGGUAGUAAGAAUGGCAUGUCUGCAUGUCUUUGUUGUAUGAGAUUCCAGAAGAAGCUGGCUCAGGUGAGGUGAGACUUUGCAGAGGUAGGAGCUCCAGCGGUGAAUGUGCUUCGGGCUUCACCAGCUGCAAGCCGCUCUGCUCUGUUCUCUCACAAUAAAUGCAGGGUUGUGUACAACACUGAGCAUAGUAGUGGAGGGCUGCUGAGAACUUAUAUUUUAACAAAGAGUCUAUAUCAAGGAAUAAGUUACAUGGAAAUCUAUAUAAUGGAGAUGUUGUAUAUUUUUAUAUAUAUAUAUAUAUAUAUAUAUAUAUCUAAAGGACCUGAAGAUAUUUUGUUGUAGUACUGGUGUAAGUGUGGUUUAAUGUAUAUCACAUGCCAAUAUCUCAGUUGAUGGAUCAAUUACAAAUGGAGGCAUCAGCAUAGAAAGAGUGCACCUAAUACUGUAAUGCAUGAGAAGUUCAUGUUUACGUUAUAUAUUAUGUGUGGAAAACUGUACCUUCUAAUGACCAAACAUCCUGAAUAGCAGGUGAUAAAAGCGAGGGAAGAUUUUCAAUUUUUUUUUUUUUUUUUCCGGCUUAUUAUUGGCCUGUUGCUCUCCAUUUUGAUUGAUCUUUCAUUUGAUUUAUCAACAUCAUAAUAGCACACCAAUUCAUCUUGUCAUCGUUAGGUUUUGUUACACAAUUCAUUCACAAAUGCAUGAGAUUUAUAUUGUUUAAAGAAACAUCUUCAUAAAGGUGGAGUCCAACCUGAGCAGUCCGAGAAGGUGUUACGUUUCCUCUACUUGGAGAUUCAGUUUAAUUUUAUUAAUGCGUUUGUUCAGUCUGUUUGUUGCAUGACAUUACCACAUUCACUGUGGUUCUAGACAUAUUGUUGAGCAUUAAAAUGCCUGCACUGUGUAUAAACUCCUAUAGUGCAGCCAUGGGAGGUGGCCAAGUUCUGUUUGUUCAACCACAUUCACUUUAACCAGACAGACUGUUAUUCACCACAUAUAAACGUUAACAAGCACAGGCGAUGCUAAUCAAAAACGCACGUGCUGAAAAAUUCUGUUUCCAUUACUUCUGCAUUACUCAAAGUCUCGUAACAAUUUUCUGUGUAAAUAUGUUUAACACUAAAUAUAACAGAGUGACAUUGUCUUUGAUUUGGACAAAAUAUCUAUUUCAGAUGUAGCCACUGUGACUAGACCAAAGCAACGUAACAGAUUUCUUUUAUUUUCAUCCUUUUGUGAGCAUUUUUUGUAUGUUUGCUUACUUUGUGUUUUCAUUGGUUCAUAAAGUAUGUGGUUGUCCAUGUAUAUUUUUUAUGUGUACAUUUCUUGUACAAAUGACUGUUUUUAAUUAAAGAGCAAGUUGUCACA